ACGAGUUUCGUAUAUUCGAUAAUAGUUUGCCAAUACCUAAUGUAAACAAACAUGGCCGAUUAUUUUGCUAUUUUAGCAAAACUUGGAAUUCAAAAGAAAAUUCUGCACGGCGGGAAAGGAGAUGCGCCAGACUAUGAAGAUGGAACAAAACUGUACUUCCACUAUAAAACAUGUAAAUGUGAUGAUGAACACACCAUAAUUGAUGACAGUCAUAAUCAUGAGAAACCAAUGGAAUUAAUCCUUGGCAAGAAAUUUAAAUUUGAAGUCUGGGAAGCUUGUUUGAAAUCAAUGAGGGUUGAAGAAGUGUCUGAAUUCACUGUUGACACAAAGCUGGUAGAGCAGUACCCACUGGUUUCGAAGCAGUUACGAGAGAUAUUUGGUAAACAUAAGAAGAAGCAUGAAGAGGAGAAGAGCCAUUGCUGUGGUAUGAUGGCAAUGUCAGAGAAAGGACUUGGUCAUCCGGAUCUGGACGAUUUAGUCAAAAAUCCUCAACCACUUGCAUUCACUAUAGAUCUGAUAAAGAUUGAGCGACCUGGGUCUUAUGAAAAAGAAUCUUGGACGCUGACAGAUGAAGAAAAGCAAGAUAAGGUACCCAAGUUAAAGGAAGCUGGAAAUGAACUAUAUAAACAGAAAAAAUACUCAGAGGCAGCUGAAAAAUAUGGAGAGGCUAUAGGGUUGUUAGAACAGUUAUGUAUGAAAGAGAAGCCAGGAGACCCAGACUGGCAUGUGUUAGAAGACAUGAAAAUACCUCUGUUGUUAAAUUUCUCACAAUGUAAACUGUUAUUAAAGGAAUAUUACAUAGUGAUAGAACAUACCAGUACUGUACUGAAAAGGGAUCCGGACAAUGUUAAAGCCUUAUUCAGAAGAGGUAAGGCACAUAUUGGUGCUUGGAAUCCAAGGGAGGCAAGAAUAGACUUUGAAAGAGUUGCAGAACUUGAUUCAACUCUUUCAAACACUGUGAAAAAGGAACUGAAGUAUUUAGAGGAAUUACAGAAGAAGAAAGAUCUUCAGGACAAAGAAAAGUUGAAAUCAAUGUUUGCUGAGAGUUCAUCUUGAUAAGAGGAUAAUGUUAUUUGAGCCAUGCCAUGAGAAAACCAACAUAGUGGGUUUGUGACCAGCAUGGAUCCAGACCAGCCUGUGCAUCAGCGCAGUCUGGUCAGGCUCCAUGCUGUUCGUUUUUAAAGCCUAUUGGAAUUGGAGAAACUGUUAGCGAACAGCAUGGAUCCUGACCAGACUGCAUGGAUGUGCAGGCUGGUCUGGAUCCAUGCUGGUCGCAAACCCACUAUGUUGGUUUUCUCAUGGCACGGCUCAAUUGUUAUUUAUUUAUCUAUGAUCUAAAGGCAUUAGAUUUAAUUAUUUUAAUCAAGUUUUUUUAUUGAUGGAUUGUUGAUGAGCUUUGAUAGCAAAAAUUACAAUACAAAGUUUUAAAUUACUUUUAAUUAAAAGUACAGUAAUUAAAGCACCUCAUUCACACUUUCCAGAUGAUUUUUUUCUCUCAAAAAUGGAUAUAAUAUGGAUGCUGUGAAAGUGACCAGUGGUGCAAACAUAUUGACAUACAAUUUUUGAAGGAUAUCCCUACAAAUUAUCAGAAAUAUUGUACAGAAGGGAGUAAUCAGUUAUUUGUAAUGCUUUUGAAAUAAUGAAGAAAAUCAUCAUUCUUCUUGUAUGUUACCAAUAUCUGAUGUCAUUUUUCAGUGUCAUAUAUACAUUUUAUGCCAAAGCUUGAUGGAAAUGAACAUGUGGAAAUAUUGCACGCCAACAGUGGGCAUGUAGUUUUAUACUGUUAGUUUUCAUUCAGUAGAUGUGUGAUCUAAUAACAGUAUGGAUAGUGUGUCGGAACACAAAUACUGAAGUGGUUAUGUUGAGGUUUCUUGUUAGUUAUGGUAUAUCUUGCAAAAAGUCAGGCGUAUAUCUGUGGUGCUACUUUUCUGAAAUAGAUAAUGUGUGAAUUUAAGAUCUGGCUAAAUUGGUUUUUAGCUCAUCUGAUUUUUGGAAAAAAAAAUGAGGAGUUAUUGUCAUCACUUGAGCAGUUGUCGGCGUCGGCGUCUGCGUCGGCGUUGCCUGGUUAAGUUUUAUGUUUAGGUCAGCUUUUCUCCUAAACUAUCAAAGCUAUUGCUUUGAAACUUGGAAUACUUGUUUACCAUCAUAAGCUGACCCUGUAUAGCAAAAAACAUAACUCCAUCUUGCUUUUUGCAAGAUUUAUGGCCCCUUUUGUACUUAGAAAAUAUCAGAUUUCUUGGUUAAGUUUUAUGUUUAGGUCAACUUGUCUCCUAAACCAUCAAAGCUAUUGCUUUGAAACUUGGAAUACUUGUUCACCAUCAUAAGCAGACCCUGUACAUCAAGAAACAUAACUCCAUCUUGCUUUUUGCAAGAUUUAUUGCCCCUUUUGGACUUAGAAAAUCAGUUUUCUUGGUUAAGUUUUAUGUUUAGGUCAGCUUUUAUCCUAAACUAUCAAAGCUAUUGCUUUAAAACUUGCAACACUUGUUCACCAUCAUAAGUUGACCCUGUACAGCAAGAAACAUAACUCCAUCCUGCUUUUUGCAAGAUUUAUGGCCUCUUUUGGACUUAGAAAAUAUCAGAUUUCUUGGUUAAGUUUUAUGUUUAGGUCAACUUUUUCUCUUAAACUAUCAAAGCUAUUGCUUUGAAACUUGCAACACUUGUUGACCAUCAUAAGCUGACCCUGUACAGCAAGCAACAUAACUCCAUCCUGCUUUUUGCAAUAAUUAUUGCCCCUUUUGGACUUAGAAAAUCAUUUUCUUGGUUGAGUAUUAUGUUUAAGUCAACUUUUCUCAUAAACUAUCAAAGCUAUUGCUUUAUUAAAUUAAAACUUGCAACAGUUUUUCACCAUCAUAAGUGGACACUGAACAUCAAGAAACAUAACUCUAUCCUGCUUUUUGCAAGAAUGAUGGCCCUUUUUAGACUUAGAAAAUCAUGGGUAGGACAAUAUUUCUAUUACACAAAAAAAAUCAGAUGAGCGUCAGCACCCGCAAGGCGGUGCUCUUGUUAAGUCUUAUUUCAGUUUCACAUGCAAUUGCCAGUAAUAAGUGUGACUUAAUUUAGAAUGGUCAACUCGUGGUCCAACUGUUGGAAUUUCCUAUACAAUGACCCUUUAUAUAACAUGACCCUGUCUAACGUAGUCAGCAGCCAGUGGAAAAGUCUGUAGAAUGCACCGUAAUGGUCACUAAAUCUCUUCUGCUGUAAAAUAACAAGGUGCUGUUUUUCCUACUGUACUGUUGUAAACAAAGUCCUAGAUACUGUAAAAUCAUUUAAUUUCGUGGGCAUAAAAUUUCGUGGUUUGGGUCAAAACGGCAAUUUCUUGGUGAUAUGAAUUCGUGGAUUUCAACUUUUGAACAUAAAAUGAAUGGAAAUUUUACUUGUUCCUUGGGAUUAAAUUUCGUGGAUUGACUCGACCACGAAAUCCAUGAAAAUGAGUCCCCCACAAAUAUUAAUGAUUUCACAGUAGUUUGGUAGUCUAAACACCAGAAAAUCAUAUAUUUUGUUUGUUUGAGUAAAUCUUUUGUUAGCAACUUGCCGAAUUUUGCACAAAACUGCCACAAAUCAUAAUAUUUGGUGCAUGGAUGGUGGUAGAUUAAAACCAUUGUUAAAAUGCUCCAAAGAAAAUUUGCCUAUUUAAUAUAAUGGCCCAUCAGUAUCAGUUGUCAACUUCUGUCCAAUUACAUCUUCGUGGUAUACAAUUUUGGCAUUUCCUUCCUGAUAUGGAAAAGCGUAUGUUUGUUUGAACUACAUUAAUGGUCGGAGAAUGACUUAGAAUUAUUUAAAUUUUAUAGUGAAAUAUAUGUUAGUGGUAGUCUCGCAAAAAUGUAGAAUAUAUAAAAUUUGUUUAAAGUGUUCAAAUACAUGAAAAAAAAAGAAACUUUAUUUUGUUUUACAUGUAUAUCAGAUAUGUUUCACUCAUGACAAUAUUAUUUCUGGUGUUCAGAUGGUGAAAGAAAUAAAUAACCUCUAUAUAUUUGCAAAAUUUCAACCUUAUUGUUCCACAUUACAAAGUCUGGGCAUUUUUAUAUCCAUCUAACUUUAUUUAUUAUUUUCUUAACUUUGUAUACUUGAUUCAGUGUUUAUGAAAACAAGAAUUUCUUUCAAUAAUAAGCUGUAUGUGUUCAGUUGUUGUAUUUACACGCCCCUGGAAAGAGGUUUAUAGUAAAUAAACUGUUUGUAUAUGAGUUAGUUUGGCUGUCCAAAACGCUUUCUAGUAUUCCACUUAUGCUUAGCAUAAUGAGCUGUGUCAUGUGCAAGAGUCAGGUCUGUUCUAUAAAGGUCAAGGUCACAGGGAAGAAUACUGUAUAAGUGGUUAAGUUAGCGAGGUGGAAAUAUUGGUGAAUUUCGCAAAUUGACAAAAUUCGCUAAUAAUUUCUCCAGCGUAAAUAUCAGCCAACCCAUUAUAAAAAUGUAGUAAAUGAGAGAAAUUGAUACACUGUCUCUGUCUGUACUCUUAACAACUUUAAUCUCCUUUUUUCGGCCUUAAAUGCGUCAAAAGUAGCCAUAGUUGUUUGGUUACACUUCAAAAAGGUAAAGAUUAUCAUAAUUUGAUUAAAUUUCCACUUGUUGACAGGUACAAAACUAGCAAAGCUAUAGGCAAGAAAACAAGCUGACUUUUAAAAAAUCAUUUUACACGUUUACAAAACUUAACAAAAGGAUUUACUUCAAUACAUAUUGUUAGACUUUUUCAGUUUGAUUAUUACAUGACAUUGUAUAAUACUGCUUUCUUUAAUAAUACGUUUUCAAGUAAUUAUCUUUUGUAAAGAAAAGACAAACAACAAUUUUAUUAAUGUGUAGCAUGUUCUUUGAUAUUUGAAUGUUCGCGAAUAACUUACAACUACAAUAAUAUGUUAUAUUUAUACCUUAAGAAAUUUUAUUUGUACUUAUUAUUUUUUGAACGUAUAUGAAUAUUGAGAUAAUAAUUGUAUGAUUUUUUAAAGGAUAAAUGACCAUAAUUUUCAACUCACUGGUUCCAUAUAAGGGAUAAUAGUAAUACUAAUAAUGUCAGCGAAAGUGCAGCUUUUAUGUCAGAAAAAUUUCCGAAUUCGCUAACUUUUCGACUCGUGGAAAUAUCCACUUAUACAGUAUUAGCCCCUUCCCUUUGUCCGUUGUGCCCUUCCAGUGGGUUACGUUUUUACAAAACAUAUUUCAUAUGCUAUUUUAGUCUUGUGACUCAGUUCAGGAUGAGGAAGCCAUCCAGCUGGCUUACGGAAGGUCAGUGGUUCUACCCAGGUUCCCGCCUGUGAUGAAAUAAUGCACUGAGGGGCACCUUGGGGUCUUCCUUCACCAUCAAAGCUGGAAAGUUGCCAUAUGACCUAUAAUUGUGUCGGUGCAACAUUAAACCCAACAAAACGAAACAAACAGUUCAGGCGUUUUGUUUCUGUAUUUCAGUAUUUCAUUAUUCCGUUGUAUUUCACAGAAAUAAUAUAUAAUCUAGAACAUAGAUGUAAAUACGUUAAUAUACUUUCUAUCAAUUAAGCCAAAUAGAUAAAAAAACAGAAUCAUAUCUGGUUAUUUUUCUUUUUAUAUAUAUAUAAAAUCAGUUAUCACCCCAAUUAGUUUAACAAACACUCAGAAGCUUAUUAAGUGAAAAGAGAGUAUCUUCAUCAGUAAACAAAAUCUUGUGUGGUUCUCAUGAGAUUUUGCUGUUAGGUCUUAUGAGAGUUUCAGAUCUGCUUCAUUUUUAGCUCAUCUGAUUUUUUGGAAAAAAAAUGAUGAGUUAUUGUAAUCGCUUGAUCGGCGUCGGCAUUGCCUGGUUAAGUCUUAUGUUUAGGUCAGCUUUUCUCCUAAACUAUCAAAGCUAUUGCUUUAAAACUUGCAACACUUGUUCACCAUGAUUAGCUGACUCUGUACAGCAAGAAACAUAACUCCAUCCUGCUUUUUGUAAGAAUUAUGGCCAGAUUUCUUGGUUAAGUUUUGCGUUUAGGUCAACUUUUCACCUUUAUGGUCAAAGCUAUUGCUUUAAAAUUUCGAGCAGUUAUUCGCCAUUAAAAGCUGACACUGAACUGCAAGAACCGUAACUCUGCAUUGCUUUUCGCAAGAAUUAUAGCCCUUUUUGGACUUAGAAAAUCAUGGGUAGGUCAAUAUUUCUAUUAUACAGAGACAAAAAAAUCAGAUGAGCGUCUGCACCCGCAAGGCGGUGCUCUUGUUAUAGUUUUGUAUUUAAGCUGAGAUUGCAAAUUUCUGUGAAAAAAAUAUUUCAGUUAAGUUUCUUUAAUUUUACAUGUCUAUUUAUCUUUUAUCAAAUCAGUUGGUAUUUAUAUUAAACUGUUACAGUAUUUUUGUGAUUUUCAUUAAAUAUUAUUGUUAUUUAA